CGAAGGGGCCGUGCCCACACCAGAGCUGCCAUCGCCUGAAGCGAGAACGCCAAUCGGACACGAAGUUUUCCAUUGUGAAUCUCUGAGGAAGACAACGACCAUGGCUCACAGGGCAGGUAUUAUUGCAGUUCUCACAGCGCUGGUCGCUGUAACCCUUGCAAUUCCUGGAGGCUGGUCGACGAAGGAGCCCUCAUCCAGCCCCAAGUACAAGGAACUGGCCCACUUCGCUGUCGCUCAGCGUACUGAAGGUCUGCAAAAGUACGACACAGUCCUCGAACUCACAAAGGUGGAGACUCAGGUCGUUGCUGGCGUUAACUACCGCCUAACCUUCACCAUUGCCGGAUCCGAUUGCACAAUAGGUGAAGUUGAGUACAAUGCUGAACGUUGCCCGGCGAAGGAUAAUCAGGCAAAGGCAACCUGCACUGCGGUGGUCUACGAGAGGCCCUGGGAAAACGUCCGAUCCCUCACUUCCCUCAACUGCGCUUGACUUUGGAAUUUCUUGCGAAGCCUAAAAGAAAACUGUGCACUGCAUCCAUCUUUCCCACAAACAAGUGAUUGUAGAUGUGUAUAAGGUAACACAAGGUUAUGCAAUGCCAUUAAAUUAUUAGCGUACGAUGUGUAAUAGUUACCAAUGGUGAAUUGCGCAGGCCAAGUAAAAUAAAAGUUCGUGAUUUA